AAAACCCCUCCCUUCGAAACCUCCAAAUUCUUCCCCCCCCCCCUCUCCUGCGUGCGCAGGACUUCGAAUCCGGAGUCGAAAGCGCGGCGAGGGCUCCCGAUGAACACGUCGCAGUUCAUGGACAAGCAGAUCAUGGAUCUCGCGUCCCAAGGGUCGGCGCCCAGCAAGGACUUCAUCGAUCUCGCCGGCGACCACCACCACCAGCACCACCACUAUCCCGAGGAGGAGGAGGAGCGGGACCACGCCGCCGGGAACGGCGGCGUGGACGGCGGCGACGACGGGGUGAAGAGGGAGGAGAUCGUGCCGAGCUACGAUUUCCAGCCGAUUCGCCCCGUCGCCGUCUCCUCCAACUCGCCGGCGCUUGGGUUUGACGGCGGAUCGGCUAGGGGGGCGUGGGGCUCCCUCGAUUCCAAGGUCAGCGCGAACGCCGCGCCUGUCCGGAACUAUAGUUCACUGGAUUCCUUUGAACCUGCACAAAUCAUUGCUGAGAAGGAUCAGCAUGGCUUUGAUGCAUCAAUGGUGUCUGAGAUAGAUCGAACAAUGAAGAAGCAUGCUGAUAGCCUGCUGCAUGCAUUGGAAGGUGUUAGUGCACGAUUGACUCAGCUGGACAGCAGAACUCGCAACCUCGAGGAGUCUGUUGAUGACUUGAAGGUAUCAGUAGGACACAAUUAUGGGACGACAGAUGGGAAAAUGAGACAGUUGGAGAAUAUUCUCAGAGAUGUGCAAGCAGGGGUACAGGUGUUAAAAGACAAACAAGAAAUAAUGGAGGCUCAGUUUCAGCUCACAAAACUGCAAGUAUCCAAGGCAGAUCAGCAACAGGAUAAUCAGAAGGCUUCACAUGUGGAUUCCCAACAGCCGGUGCCAUCCAUUCCUCAGCAAUCUCUUCAGCAGACUUCUCCUGCUAGUUUUCAACAACCUUUUCCUGCUCUGCGCACCCCUAAUGCUCCUCCACCACCACCUCCUCAACAAAAUCUACCACCUCCAGUUCAGCUUCCAAAUCAGUUUCCUCAGACACAGAUUACUCCUGUUCCUCAACGUGAUCCUUAUUUCCCACCCCCGGUUCAAGCCCCAGAAGCUUCAAAUCAGCAGUUCCAACUUCCUCCCACCCAGCGGCCACCUCCACCUCCACCUCAAGCAGGUCCGCCUCAUCACCAAUACCAAACAGUCCCUCUACCUCAGUUUUCGCAGCCACCACCUCCACCGCCACAGCACCCAAGCAUGGCACCGGUAAAUCCUCCUCAACCACCAGUACCCCACCAUCUUGAAGAGACACCGUACAUUCCAUCUCAGACCUACCCAUCAAGCCUCCAUCAGCCCCCUGCUCAGCCACCUAGUGGGCCUCCUCCGCCCCAACAGUUUUAUGGGGCUUCCCCACAGAUGUAUGAGCCACCACCCGGCAGGUCUAGUUCAGGAUUUUCUGCGCCAUACAGCCAUCCAUCUGGGCCUAGUGAGAUGCAGUAUGGUGGAGCUCCUCAGUAUGGUAGUAGCUCCCCUAUGAAAUCUCAGCAACAUUCGCAGAGUGGCGGAAGUGGUUAUCCACAGCUUCAAACUGCUCGGGUACUUCCUCAUGCUCUACCCACCGCAUCGGCAGUUAGUGGCAACUCAGGUUCGAGUGGAACUGGAAACAGGGUUCCUAUAGAUGAUGUGGUUGACAAAGUGACGAGCAUGGGUUUCUCAAGAGACCAGGUUAGGGCUACUGUUCGGAGGUUGACGGAGAAUGGACAGCCCGUGGAUUUGAACAUAGUGCUAGACAAGUUAAUGAAUGAUUCAGAUGUCCAGCCCCCUAGAGGAUGGUUCGGUCGAUAACGUGGUACUGCAAUGCUCAUCUCUAUACAGUUGACAGUUUCAUCGUGACGUGGUGACUUCACUGAAGGGAGCCAUUUUCUUGGAGAUCAGGUUUCUUCGCGCAGUGAAUGUUCUGUAUCUUUGUUAAUUCUCCCUUCUCCCUUUACUUUUCUGUCGUGCUCGUGAGUGACGGCUCUAUUUGGUAUUGUUAUUCUUGCUUGCCUAGCUCUAUCUAUGACCUUGUUUCCAUCUCUUUUGUGCAUACUUAUUGUAAUUCAAAUUGUCUCCAUUGCUUUAUCUGUUCACACUUUUCAUA